ACUGCACUACGCGCGGAAGUUAGCUGUCGUCGAGGUUGCUAAUUUGUGGAGGAAAGAAAUCCAGUACAAUUAUUAUUAUUUAUUUUUUUGGGAGAUAUGAUAUUGCAUUAGAAGAACCCAUUCAGUCAUUUUCAUUCUUGAAUCUAUCAGAAAAUAAUAAUCCGGCGUCUUUACCACCGUGAGCAAGUUAGCAAGCUUCUACUGAAGCUACAUCUGACUGUUUAGCUACGGUUGGCUGUUUUUUCACAUUGUUUUGUUUUGAGAAAUGCGAGAUUGGUUUACAUAGUUAUUUAUAUUUCGCUGGCAUUUUAAACAACCUUCUUGGGAAAUGAUAGUUACCUGUUUUUAUACAUUGUCUUUUAAUUUACCAUUACUCAGAAUGAAAAGUUAGCUAGCUAGCUAUGUCAACUUUUCCCCCCCCACUCACAUUGUUAGCUAACUAGCUACACUCCAGCUGGCUGCCUGACAGCUGUUGUAAUUAUCAUCAGCAGUGCUGUGUCUUGGAAUAGGAGACCCAGUAUAUAAAACAUUAUUUCUACGCCGAUUGAGGAAACAAGCAUGUUGGGGGAAUGUGGCAUGCUAGAACGAGAUAAGAGGGCGCUUCGGAGAAAUUCAGUGACUCUCUGCAAAGAGAUGGUGGUGGACGAGCUGUUCAUUCAGUCCCUGCAAGCAGACGAAAUUCUCACGGACAGCAUGGCAGAAAGCAUUCUGGCGGCGCAGAUCUCCCAAAAGCGCAACUGGUGCCUGCUCUCCUUGUUGCCCAAGCGUGGUCCACAUGCCUUCAGCAGCUUCUGCUCAGCACUGAAAGACACAGAACAGCAUCACUUAUAUAACCUGCUUGCUGAUUCGCCGGAGAGAGAUAGCAGGGUGAGAGGCAGGGAGAGGGAGAGGUCCAAGGAAUCUCCCCUCCAACUGUCCACAGAAGAGGAGGUGGUUAAAACCAAGAGAGCCAGAACACAUGAGUCAAUGGAGAUAUGUCUGGAUGCAGACAGUCCCAUCACCACGGCUGUUCAUCCCACCACCCAGGAGUUUUACCUCUCUCACUGUGACCAGUCCUACAGUAUGACUUCCAGUCCCCGAGGCCUGGGCUUGGUCAUCAGCAAUGUGACCUUUGAUCCCUGUGCUGCUCCGGAUUUGGAUACCCGUAAAGGAGGGGAGGUGGAUGAGGAGGUGCUCAGGAAGGUCUUCACUGAGCUGGACUACAUAGUGACCAUCCAGAGAGACCUCACAGCUCAGGGCAUGCGGACAUGCAUUGAGCAGUUCAGCAGACGCCAGGAACACCAGACCGUGUCCAGCUGUGUGGUGUGUCUGCUGUCACACGGGGUAGAGGGGGCGGUCUACGGCACCGAUGGACAGCUCAUGGAGUUGGACUGGGUGUUUGAGGUGUUUGACAACGCCCACUGUCCUCUACUGCAGAACAAACCCAAAAUGUUCUUCAUCCAGGCCUGCAGAGGAGAGGAGAUGGACUGUGGUGUGGAAAUGUCUGACGGCCCGGAGAGGACUCAGUCUCCUGGCUGUGAACAGAGGGAUGCUGGCAGAGAGGGAGAGGGGGAUGGAAACGCCACGCCCACGGACGAGAGGGGGAGGCUCAGGGUCAAACUGCCGCAGCGCUCUGACAUGAUCUGUGGCUUUGCUUCCCUCAAAGGCACUGCAGCCAUGAGGAACACCAAGAGAGGGUCCUGGUUCAUUCAGGAGCUCAAUUCAGCACUUCGCCUCAGAGCAAAAGACACACACCUCUCAGACAUACUAGUGCAGGUGAAUGGUCGUAUUAAGGACAGGGAGGGCUAUGCUCCUGGCACCCCUCACCAUCGCUGUAAGGAGAUGUCGGAAUACACCAGCUCCCUCUGUAAAGAUCUCUACCUGUUCCCCAAGUACCACCCUGAGUACUGACACACACAGAUGAUACACAAUCCUCCCCAAUGACCGAUACACAUUCCGACCCCGUUAUUGACCCACUCCUUCUGGUGCCCUUACAAUCCCACACACACACAAACCGCGUUCCAAACACUCAGAGGAUUCCUUAAUUUUCAUUUCCUGUUCAGUUUCCCACGGACAGACAUGCACUUUGUCUAUCCCUUCAACAAACUCUUGGACAGGAAAAUGGAACCAGUUCAUGUAAUUGAACAUGUACUUGGUAAUGGGCAUAAAGCCUACUGGCGUGCAGCUAUGUGUGGACUGUCCUAUCAGCUAAGAUUCCUUUGUGUCUAUCUGUGCCAGUUUGAAAUGGGAUUGACGUGUCCUAUGAAAUCUUUUUCACUAGCUAACAUCAGAGUAUAUUUUGAUUUCUUGCUUUUUAUUUCUUAACAGGAAUGUUUGUGUUUGAAGAUGAUUAUUUUUUAAAGAUGUAUUUUGUAUGCAAAUGUAUUUUUAUCCAUAUUUUUUUUGGAAUCAAAUCAUUUUGAAAUGCUUUUUUUGUAAGACUUUAAGCCCUUUUCCCUUUUUUGUAUGAAAGAAGAUGCUUAUUUUAAAAUGUGUAAUAAUUAUAUGGGAGCCCCCUGACCCAAUGAAGCUAUUUCUCUUUGUGCCUGCCAGGCAACUAGAUGGCACUAUGGAGUUACAAGCUGUUGCAGCUUUGUUGGAAUUGGAGAUCCACAUAACACAGGGUUUCCCAACCGUCUCCCUGAAGACUGCCAGACAUUUCAAAUAUGUUUUGUAGCCCUGUACUGACACACCUGAUUCAAAUAGUAAAAUAUUACCAAGCCACUGUACUAGUGGAGUCAGGUGUUUCACUUCAGGUCUACAACAAAUAUGUGAAAACUCUGGCAUUGAGGGACCUCUGUUAUGACCUCCACAUUUUAGUAUUCUGAGUCUUCCACUGAGAGACAUUUGAGCAAGUAGAUCUAAUAUUCAGAGUCUUUAUCUAAUCUCACUUAAGUAUUAUGUAAGAAUUCCCAUGGAACUGUAAGUUAUCAAUCAAAUUUAUCAAUCAAAUUUAUUUAUAAGUUAUCUCUGGUCACUUUGACGCCAAAGUCCUUUGUAGGCACUUGUGUAAGAUGAGUUUUCCUAACCUUAGCGGUGACCCUGACCAUUCAUUCCUGACCUGGCCAGCCCACAGUUGGACUGGUGGGUGGUGUGUCUCUGACUUCGACACCAUCAUCCCUCCACCCCCCUUCAGAAUAAUAAAUGGUUUCCCCUUUGUAGAAAUGAUUGAAUUUACGAGAUGGAUCCAUAUGGAUGUUUAAAGAUUGAUGGGUUGUUUUGUUUUUCUAAAGCAGCCAUCUCUUAUAUCAAUAUGCAAUAUUCCAUUGAAAUGUGCCACAUGAAAGAUGUAAUAUGUUUUGUAUUUACAGUACUUGUUAGUUGGAAAAUAUUUCCCCUUCAAUUGUAAACGGCAAUAUUGAUGUUUCCAAAUGAAUCGUGUUGUUGGAUUUCAGCAGUGUUGUAGUGAGGAGUGAUUUGACGGGAACAGUCUGGAUGGUGCUCUUGACCAAUGAAACACCGGAAGUAGGUUUUAUGCUGACGUAGGCCAUCCUUGAUGUUCUGUGUGAGGUACUAAAGAAUGGAACAGUUACUGCCAUAAGCAAAGAAGAUGCAGGUGGAGGUGGGAAGAUGGCUGUUUUUUCAUGUCCAAAACAGUACUGCCAAAUAUUCCAGAAAAUAAAGGCUGUUUUUCUAUCAGGUA